AUGAGACCAUCGUCCGUUCACUCCACCACCACCACCACCACCAACAGUACCACCCGGCGUUUGCCACCUCCACCCCAUCACCACUAUCACCACCACCCCCACCGUCCCCCCUUCUACCGCAACCGCUUCAACAACAAUUUUAUCUCAACAAGAACCGUCCCUAGGUCUUCCCCUAACUUCAUAAUCCACCUUCACCUGGACCCUACUCUCACGCCUUCCAACAAAAGACCAGACACCAACUUCGUCAACUCUGUAAUUUCCCAAUGCCUCCCAACACCACUACCUGACCGUAUCGUAGUUCCGACAACCGCUACCUCCACGACAAAACUAACUGCCUCCUUGCACUUUCGGGAAUGGUCUAACACAUUGAAUUUUAUGACAGCCUUAUGGGAACUGCGGCUUCGGGGAGCCCACUGUUUCACUCCGAGGCUCCAAUCAAACGUCCGCUUACAUUCAGAUACCGAGGAGUUAAAACAGAAUUUAAAGAAGAAAUUUAUCGAUUAUCUUAAUGGAUUAAUAGAGGGUGUAGUUAGUAAUGUUGAUGCUGAUGAGAAUGUGGUUUGGAGGUGGCAGAUGAAAUUGAGUGAAAAAAGUGAUGAGAUUGAGCAAGUGAUGGAGUUACUUAAAGGGAGGAAUGGAGUGAGGGGAUUUAGUGAGUUGAAUGAGCGGAAAAAAAGGUUGAUGGCCGAAAGGGAUUCGAUUGAGAAUAGAUUCAGGGAAUUCAAAGUGGCCAUGAACUGCAUGUUGAGGUAUAUUGAAGGUGGGGAAGGGGAAGGGAGCUUGAAGGUGUUUGUAUUUGAAGGAGACGUUGAUUGGGAAAGAAUUCAUAGAUUAAUUUUGAGAGAAAUUAGGAGGUUGGACGAUGGGUUGCCUAUUUAUGCUUAUAGGCAGCGGAUUUUGGAAACGAUUCGCAGCAAGCAGGUAAUGGUAUUGAUUGGGGAGACUGGUUCUGGAAAGAGUACACAGUUGGUUCAAUUCCUUAGUGAUUCAGGAAUAGCUGGCAAUGAGUCCAUUGUCUGUACUCAGCCGCGCAAGAUUGCAGCCAUCUCACUUGCUGAUAGAGUCAGAGAAGAAAGUAGGGGGUGCUGUGAAAAUAGUCCAGUCAUCUCUUAUCCAACGUUUUCAUCCACUCAGCAGUUUGGUUCAAAAGUCAUAUUUAUGACUGACCACUGUUUAUUGCAGCACUACAUGAAUGAUGCCGAUUUAUCUGGAAUUUCAUGCAUCAUUGUUGAUGAGGCUCAUGAAAGAAGCCUGAACACGGAUCUUCUUUUGGCAAUGAUUAGGGGCUUACUUGGUCGGAGGCCUGAUUUAAGGCUAGUAAUAAUGUCAGCAACAGCUGAUGCAAAACAGCUCUCAGAUUACUUUUGUGGUGAAAUCUUUCAUGUGGAGGGGAGAAACUUCCCAGUAGAAGUCAGAUAUAUGCCUUUGGCCUCUGAGGGAACUGCUUUUCGUAAUGUUUCUCCAUACGUACUUGAUGUUUUGAGGAUAACAACGGAGAUUCACAAAAAGGAGAGUGAAGGCACCAUUCUUGCCUUUUUGACUUCUCAGAUGGAAGUAGAAUGGGCUUGUGAGAAAUUUGAAACUCCUACUGCUGUUGCAUUAGCCUUGCAUGGAAAGCUUCCUUUUGAAGAGCAGUCUCGCAUUUUCCACGAUUUUCCUGGGAAAAGAAAAGUUAUAUUUGCCACUAAUCUCGCAGAGACCUCACUUACAAUUCCUGGGGUCAAGUAUGUAGUUGACUCUGGCUUGGUCAAAGAGAGUAAAUUUGAAGCAACCACAGGCAUGAAUGUGCUCAGAGUUUGCAGGAUCAGCCAGAGCUCUGCUCAACAAAGAGCUGGUCGUGCUGGGAGAAUGGCACCUGGAGUAUGUUAUAGACUCUAUGCAGAAUCUGAUUUUGAGUCUAUGUCUCCCAAUCAAGAACCUGAGAUUUGCAGAGUUCAUCUUGGUGUUGCUGUUCUGAGGAUGCUUGCUUUGGGAAUUAAGAAUGUAUUGGAGUUUGAUUUUAUUGAUGCACCUAGUGCCAAAUCAAUUGAUAUGGCCAUUAGGAAUCUUGUUCAAUUAGGUGCCAUUACCCUGAAAGGUGGUGUCUGUGAAUUAACUGAAGAAGGUUGCUACAUGGUUAAAUUGGGCAUUGAGCCUCGGCUUGGUAAGCUCAUUAGCAGCUGCUUUCAUUAUCGUUUGGGUAAGGAGGGCCUUGUUCUUGCUGCUGUAAUGGCAAAUGCCAGCAGCAUAUUUUGCAGAGUUGGUAGUGAGGAUGACAAGCAAAAGGCUGAUUGUCUUAAGGUGCAGUUUUGCCAUAGCAGUGGUGACCUCUUUACUCUGCUCUCUGUGUACAAAGAGUGGGAGGCUUUGCCUAAAGACAGGAGAAAUAAAUGGUGUUGGGAAAACAGCAUCAAUGCCAAAUCCAUGCGGAGAUGCCAAGACACAGUCAAGGAAUUGGAAUAUUGUCUUGAAAGGGAACUCACUGUUGUUAUUCCGACAUAUUGGAAGUGGAAUCCUAAUGAAUCCACCGAGCAUGAUAUAUCUCUGAAAAAGAUAAUACUGUCAGCCCUUGCAGAAAAUGUAGCCAUGUACUCUGGAUAUAAUCGGCUUGGUUAUGAAGUGGCAUUGACCAGGCAGAACGUUAAGCUGCAUCCUUCAUGUUCGCUUCUAGCAUUUGGUGAAAAACCAAAUUGGGUUGUCUUUGGUGAACUCCUCUCAAUAUCUAAUGAUUAUUUGGUUUGUGUAACUGCAUUUGACUUUGAAUCAUUGUCUAUGCUUGACCCUCCUCCCUUGUUUGAUGCCCAUAAAUUUGAAAGCCAGAAGUUGCAAGUGAAGGUGCUGACCGGUUUUGGCAGUUCCCUGCUCAAAGGGUUUUGUGGUAAAUCUAACUGCAAUCUGCUUUCUCUGGUAUCUCGCAUUCAGACUGCCUGUAUGGAUGAAAGGAUUGGUAUUGAAGUAGAUGCUGAUCAGAAUGAGAUUCUAUUAUUUGCAACAGCAGAGAACAUGCCAAAGGUGUUCAGCCUUGUAUGUGAAGCUGUGGAGUGCGAACGAAAAUGGUUGCAUAAUGAAUGCAUGGAGAAAUUUUUGUAUCAUGGAGCUGGUUUGUCACCUAUGGCACUGUUUGGAGCAGGUGCUGAGAUAAAGCAUUUGGAACUAGAAAAGAGAUGUUUGACUGUGGAUGUCUUUUUUUCAAAUGCAAAUACAAUUGAUGAUAAGGAGCUUUUGAUGUUUCUUGAGGAAUAUACAUCUGGUACUGUUUGUUCUGUUCGCAAGUUUGUUGGAAGUGGACAAGAGGGUGAUGAGAAGGAAAAGUGGGGCCAAAUAACAUUUGUUUCUCCCGAUGCUGCUAGAAAAGCUGCCCAGCUGAAUGAAGUUGAAUUCAAAGGCUCCAAGCUGAACGUAGUUCUGGCACAAACAAUCAUUGGAGGUGAUCAUAAAAUGUUUUCAUUCCCUGCUGUUAAAGCAAAAAUGUUUUGGCCUCGUAGAGUCAGUAAGGGGUUGGCAAUUGUUAAAUGUUAUGUUAAUGAUGUUAAUUUCAUGAUUUAUGAUUUCUCUAACCUGAUCAUUGGAGGAAGUUAUGUUCGGUGUGAAGCUAGUAAGAAAUGUGAGGACUCAGUUAUUGUAAGUGGAUUUGGUAAAGAACUUUCGGAAGCUGAUAUUUUAGGUGCAUUGAGGACUGCCACAAAAAGGAGAAUCCUAGAUUUCUUCAUAGUGAGGGGAGAUGCUGUUGAAAAUCCUCCAUUGGGUGCUUGUGAAGAAGCUCUUGUAAGAGAAAUCUCUCCAUUUAUGCCUAGAAGGAAUCCUCUAACUAGUUGCUGCAGAGUCCAAGUCUUUCCACCUGAAUCAAGGGAUGCUUUUAUGAAGGCUUCCAUUACCUUUGAUGGAAGAUUGCAUUUGGAGGCAGCAAGAGCUUUAGAGCAUAUGGAAGGGAAGGUAUUGCCUGGAUGCCUUCCAUGGCAGAAAAUGAAGUGCGAGCAGAUGUUUCAUAGCUCAUUAUCCUGCUCUGCCAGUGUCUAUGUUGCCAUCAAGAAGCCGCUGGAUUCUUUACUUGGAAGCUUCAGUCCCGUAAAGGGUGCAGAAUGCAGUCUAAUCAAGAAUGAAAAUGGUUCCUGGCGAGUGAGAAUAUCUGCUAAUGCUACAAAAACUGUUGCGGAGUUAAGAAGACCUCUGGAAGAGCUAAUGAGAGGACGGACCAUAAACCAUGCCAGCCUCACUCCAGCUAUUCUACAGCAUCUGUUCUCUAGCCAUGGUAUCAAUCUGAUGAAGUCGCUACAGCGUGAGACUGGUACCUACAUUCUCUUUGACAGGCGCACCUUCAAUGUCAAGAUUUUUGGUUCUUCUUACAAGGUUGCUCUAGCCCAGCAGAAACUGACUCAAGCUCUUCUGGCCUACCAUGAAAGCAAGCAACUCGAGAUCCACCUCAGGGGUGGAGCUUUGCCCCCGGACUUGAUGAAGGAAGUAGUUAAGAGGUUUGGGCCAGAUCUUCAUGGGCUCAAAGAGAUGGUACCUGGGGCAGAGCUUACUCUCAGCACCCGUCACCAUGUCAUCUCUGUUCAUGGUAACAAAGAACUAAAGCAAAAGGUGGACGAAAUAAUUUUUGAGAUGGCAAAAAUAAGUUAUGAUUCUACUGAGAGGCUUGAUGGUGAAGAUGUCUGCCCUAUUUGUUUGUGUGAAGUUGAGGAUGCUUACUGGCUUGGAGGCUGCACGCAUUUCUUUUGUCGGAUGUGCUUGGUGGAGCAACUUGAAUCAGCAUUGAAAAACUUGGACAGUUUCCCAAUAUGCUGUGCCCGAGCGGGCUGUGGGGCUCCCAUAUCGCUGACAGACUUAAGGUCUCUCUUAUCAAGUGACAAAUUAGAGGAACUCUUCAGGGCGUCUCUGGGGUCAUUUGUAGCAUCUAGUGGGGGAAGCUUGCGGUUUUGCCCUUCUCCCGACUGCCCUUCAGUUUAUCGAGUUGCUGACUCUCGUACAUUUGGUGACCCAUUUGUCUGCGGGGCAUGUUUUGCGGAGACUUGUACUCGGUGCCACUUGGAGUACCAUCCAUAUCUCUCGUGUCAGAAAUACAUGGAGUUCAAGGAAGAUCCUGAUUUGUCACUAAAGGACUGGUGCAAAGGAAAAGAGAACGUGAAAAGCUGCCCUGUCUGUGGAUAUACGAUUGAGAAAGGGGAAGGUUGCAACCAUGUCGAGUGUAAGUGUGGCCGGCACGUUUGCUGGGUCUGUUUAGAGGUUUUUAGUAAUAGUGAGGACUGCUAUGUCCAUCUGAGGUCUACACACGGGGGCAUUACUUGA